UGGGCUUCGGUCGCUCAGGGAGCCCCAGAAUCAAAUUCAAAUCAAUCAAAAAUCAAUCAACACCACCACCACGACCCCCUCUUCCAUCGCCUCUCGCCCCUCAUAUCAUCUCCUGUCUCCCCCUUGACCUCGAUCCCGCUGCCUUUUUCGCCCCAAACGGAUGUCGCGGUCCGCCCGAGGAUGAGUGAGGUUGGAGCUGCCGACCGCGCGGCGCUCUUGCGAUCCAAACGCGCCCAGCUGAGUGGAAUUGUUACGUCGCGCAAGAGGAAGCUGCGCGAGUUUUUCGCUGUUUGCGACAAUGAUGGCCCGCUUCCCCAGAUCAGCCCUGAGGGCCCCGACGCGCCGCCCACCAGCGCCGCCGAGGCGCACUUCCUCGAUGUCUGCGACGUAUUGCAAGAUCGCCUUUUCGAUGAAUCCACCCUCCCUACGCGUCGACAACUCCGGUCAGAGACCGCGAGGCAGCGCUCUCCUACUGGGAAGGUGAGUCCGGAUGCAAGGGGCGUCGAUGCGACGGGCAAGGCGUCGAAGGGGCAGCGUGAGGCGUCGAGAUCGAGGAGGAGUCGCGCCGCAACACCGAGUUCGAGGACUGACCCUGGACAGCAGGCUGAUAUCCCUGAUGGCGAUGCCGGCCAAGGUGUGUCUUCUACGCAGCAGUCGAGCUCGAAAGCCUCGCAGAUAGGUUCCCCAGCAGAGCCAUCCACUGUCUUCGGCGAGGUAGAUGAACCGUCAGAAGAUGCGACGGAGCCACAACUUCAACCCGAUGAUGCCAUACCACCUGGAGAAUCACAGAGUGAGAGGAUUAGGACAGUGGUGCAGAGCAGGCAGAAUAGUCCAGGUGUCGAUCCCAGGAAAGCCAUGCCAUUAUCGGCCGAGGACGCUGCUCAAUUGGAGGAACCCAUCGUUGAAGGCUUGGGUUCACACGAUGGACAGCACAAGGCUGCAACGGUACACUUACCUCCCAAAGAGGUUCAGGAACGCCAUCUGCAGGAAGCAGAGAAGUCCCGCGAGCAGCAACAGCAUCUCUCCAUCAGUCUCCCGAGAGAUCGUGGCCGUACUGCGGAUCUUCUGUCCUCACCAGGCUCGACGAUUGAUGCACAUUCAGCUACCACCCCGGCACUGCAUGAUGCAUCGACUGAUACGAGUCCUGAUAACGGGUCGAGAUAUGAAGCGGAUAGAUUGGAGAAUAAGGAGAAUGAACCACAGACACCAGUUGACUUGAAGAAGGCACCAGAUGAACUCGCCGAGAAGGAAGAACAUGACAGAAUACUACAGGCACAAAUGGAUAUUUCCCGGGCAGAGAUCCUGGGGAGUAGUCCCAGUGCCGUUGAUGCCCAACUGCGGAUGGAAGAACAAGCCGCAACCGCGGAACAAAAUGCGGAUUCACAACCUGAAGACGCCGCUAAGAACGAGGAUGAAGCUGCCACGUUCACCAAGGAAGCCAGCCAGGUCGUCGAGGAUACCGUCGAGGAUGAAGACGAGGUUAUGGGUGUAGCAAACCCUGAGGUUGAACCCAUGGCUGGUGUAGAGAAAUCCAGCGCGGAACAGAAGCAACCAGAAGCCAAACCACCAGAGAUUGCAGAUUCCGAGGCCGAAACACCUCCUGUCGAAGCCAUGGAUGUCGAUGCAGCUCCUACUAUCCAGGACUCGUUCGAGAGCAAUGCUCCCAUUGAAAAUAAAGUCGAAGCUACCACUGCAUCUUCACAGGCUGCUCCGAAACCUGAAGUGGAUUCGCGGAACUCCUCUGCCACUCCCGCACUAUCGCCCUCUAAGAGAACAUCAUCAACUCCGGCUGAUGAUUCUACCCCAACUCUGGAACGGAUGACAACAAGAGUGUCAUCAGGAGCCAUGAGACACAAAUCUGUCUCUGAGAUCUUAGGAGAGAUACCUCGACCAAACACAGCCUCCAGUUCGGAAACGAAUGGCCAAAAAGUGGUCACUGAGUUUGAAUCGAUGGGGAACUCUCAUUCGCCCUCACGCAGUACCACUCCACAGUCACCCGGGAUCAGAAGACUUAUAGAGAAGCAGAGGGAAAAGGAGCGAAGCAAGCUUUCGACGGUUAUCUUCGCGAAGCAGCCUAAAAGGCCAGCACCUAGUAACUCUGCUCUGAUGCACGGCGGCUCUCGGGCUCAAGAUCUCAAAGAUGAUUAUUUCAUGCCCCUAUUCAUCUCCACAGCCUCAAGGGAGAGACUAGGAAUCCCACCGCUAGACGGUCUUCUCCAAUCAGCUCACAAGACAAUCACUACAUCCAAUGCCUACGUUCCAAUCAACGAGAAUCAAACAUCGAAGAUUUUGAAACGGAUCUAUAAUCUACAAUCCGCUGGAAGAUGGUCAUUGAGGCAACCAGAACGUGCAAAAGAACCAAUUCGGCCUACCAGCCAUUGGGAUGUGCUCCUCCAGGAAGCUAAGUGGAUGCGAACGGACUUCAGAGAGGAGAGGAAAUGGAAAAUGGCAGUUGCGAGAAACCUGGCGAUCGCCUGCGCCGAAUGGGUCGAAGCUAGCCCGGAAGAUAGGAGAUUACUCCAGGUGAAGGCCACGCCUCCGCCGCUAGAACCAAAAGAUGUCGAGAUGCAAGAACAUCCCACACCGGAUCUGGUUGCUUCGGCAGAAUUCGACUCCCCGGACGAAUUUGAUGAAGAACCUCGUCUCGACCUCCUGGAAACUGUUGCACCAACAGCUAUCUUCGGCCUCCAAGAUGAUGACGUUGUGUUCGGUUUGAGAAGAUCACCUAUCACCGACAAACUCCUCAACGAGCUCCCAAUGUACGGAGCACCUCUAGCCGUGCCACAGAUAGAGCCAUCCUUGACGGAUGUCGACCCUGAUCGAUCCUGGAGACGGCGAGCUUUACCUCUGAGCAAAUAUGUCGAAGGCCGGAUGGAACUCAAAAUGGAUGGACCACCCAGGAAAAAGAGUCGAUUCCAAUACGAAGAGGAGAGUGAUGAUGAUGACCAAGUAGUCUUCGGCGAACCGAAGCAAAAGCGACCCGUGCUCCCACCGGAGAAAACGGACGUUGCUCUCUUUAACCCUGAGCAUAAACAUAUACGCGACCGUAUCCACGCCGGGCAUCAGUUCAGACCUCCGUCUGAGUUCCCGAUGCCACUCCAGACCUUCUUUGAAUGUCGGACGGCUUCACAGUGGACAUGCGCAGAAGAUGAUGAGCUCAAAAGCCUCGUUCGGGAGUAUUCAUACAACUGGUCUCUCAUCUCAAGCAUGCUACAAAGUAAAUCUCUAUUUUCUUCCGGAGCAGAACGUCGAACGCCAUGGGAAUGCUUCGAGCGUUGGAUCCACCUCGAAGGAUUACCAGCUGAUAUGCAGAAGACUCAUUAUUUCAGAGCUUAUAACAACCGUGUUGAGGCUGCCAACCGAAAUGUCAUGGCGGCGCAAGCUGCACAGCCUAAUGGUGCCCAACCCCAACCACAAAGGAGGAGAACAACCACCAGCUUCCGAGUUGAGCGUCGUAGGAACCAGAAGCAUCUUACUUUGGUUGAUGCUAUGAGGAAGUUAGCCAAGAAGCGCGAGACCAAUCAGCAGAAGCAGCAACAUGCUGCCGGAUUGGCUGCGAUGCGGAAGGCUCAAGAAGUUCCUCAGCAGCGCGGUGUGCUCAAGACCCCACAGCAACUGAGCAAACUCAAGUAUGAUCACGAGCAACGGGUAAAGGAGCAACAGGCUCUCUUCCAACAGCGGCUCGAGACGCAAAGAAGGGCUGCUCUCCAAGCACGAUUGGCUAGCCAAAAUCAACAACAGCAGCUACCUAAUGGAGCUCAACAACGCCCUACUCCUAAUGGUGCAUUGCCUCCCAAUGGAACACCUAACGCAACAGGUCAAAACCUCACAGUUCCGGGCCAAAAUCAAGCUCGACGUCCCAUGCCUCCUCAAAUGGGCCAAAUGCCGAUGCAAAACAAUCUCCGCCCUCCUCAAGGUCUUAUGAACGGUAUGCCACAAGCUCCAAUGCAAAGCAUGCAAGGCCAACUGCCCUUACCAAACCCAGCUCUGGACGUCGGUUUGGUCACUCAAGCUCAUCGGAUCGCAGAACAACAACGUCAAGCCAUCCAAAUGCGGCCGCAAGGACAACUUCCUGGCCCAGGCCAAGUUUACAGCUCCAACUCCCCACCUCGGAAUAUGAACGGGCUCCCACCUCCAGGAUUCCCUCAAAUGCAAAAUGGUAUGAUGGGGUUCCCCAACGGCACUAACGUCUCCUCACCUGGCGCCGCUGGCCCUUCUCCUCAAGGUCAAGCUGGAUCACCACGCAUGGGAGGGCACCCCCAACAAUUGACGAACGGCAUGGUGCCUCAAGCCGUACGGCUAGAAGAGUCAAUCCGGCAGAAAUACCCUAAUGCAACACAAGAGCAAGUCAUGCGCAUGAUUUCAGAGACUCUGGCGAAAUCGGUGCAUCAGAGACAAGGACUUGCGCAGAGUGCGAUGAACGCAGCUGCCGGUGGUAACAUCAAUGGGAUGGUGAACGGGAUGGGAAGUGGGAUGGGUGGCAUGAACGGCAUGGCUGGAAACCAGAGGAUGCCAAGUGGGGUGGAAAACAGCCCCCAGUUGUAUGCUCAAAUGUUGAGGCAGCAGCAGGAGAAGCAGGCUCAACAGGUUCAGCAAGCUCAACAGGCGGCGGCGAAUAUGGCUACCCAGGCACAGCAGCAGGGUCAGCAGGGUCAGCAGCAAGGCCAGCAGCCAGGUCAACAACCAGGUCAACAACAUGGCCAACACCAAGGUCCUCCGCAAGGUCCGCAGGGUCCACAGCAAGGUCAACACCAGAGUCCACAGCAGGGACCACAACAAGGACCACAACAGGCUCAACAGCAAAGUCAACACCAUGGUCAACAACAAGGUCAACAACAAGGGUCACAGCAAGGGCCGCUGCAGCAGCCUCAGCAGCAAGUUCAGCAGGGGCAGCAGGGGCAUCAGAGGAGUGGAAGUAAUCAGAGUGGGAAGUGAUGAACGUGAUGAAAACCUUUCUACUGAGCAGGUCAAGUAGAAACGGGAUGAGGAUAACAACAAUCGAAGGGAAAUCUCAAAGGAACGAGCGUUGCAGGUGCAAACGCGGGUAUCGUUUAGGUAUUGCAAAAGCCCGUAUGGCUGAACUAGGCGGGAAAACAGGGCAUUUUGUAGAGUACAUACAGUACAGGUAGAUUCGGGAUCUCUUCUACGGCAGAGUCAAAGCAGCGGAAUUCGAAUUCUAGGACAUGAGCGGUUAAGGGAAGUGAGUCAAACGAAGUUAGGAGGAUUGACAUGAAAAUAAACAAGUAUUAAUUCGCUGCUCUG